UCGUGCUCUCUUUCUCUCCAGCGUACAUGCCCGAGGACGAGCUUAAGGCAGGCGCCCACGAUGAGGAAGAGCACCUGCAGGAUGAUGGCCUUUCAUUAGACGGCCAGGACACUGAGUUCCUUUGCAACGAGGAAGAGGAAGAUGGAGAUGGAGGCCAGCCACCUAGUUACAGAGACUCUCCACUCAGCAAUGGCACUAACCCUGACGCUGGAUACGGGUCUCCACUCAGUGAUGCCAGCGACCGACUUACGGACUUCAAGAGCACCUCUUCCAGGGACGGUCAGGAGAGGGAAGGCUCAGCUUUGCCCUUCCGCCCCAACAACGGCCUCUCUUUCCAGGAUAGCCUGGCACAGAUGAAAGCCGUCUAUGCAAACCUCAUCUCAGAUGCCUCUUGGUCCAGCAUCGCAAUGGACAUAAUGAAAUCCAAGCCUGCUGCAGCUGGUAGUGUCAACAGUGCCCUCACCACUCCAGAGCCUGCCUCUACUGCUUCUGUCUCCACAACUACAACCACAAACAAGAGCAGUGGCAUCAACAGUGCUAGCAGUCACCAUAAUGGCAGGAGCUCCAGCACCACUGUCAACCACACAGGCAGCGCAAGUGGCAAUACUAAUGGCACAGUAGCUAGCUCUGUUAGCAGCCACAGUGUAACCAACAGCAGUGGGAGCAGCAGUGGUGGGGCUAGUAAUGGUAGUGGUGUAGCAUACGAUUGGCACCAGGCAGCACUUGCCAAAACUCUUCAGCAGACCCCCUACCACCUUCUACCGGAACCUAGCCUCUUCAGCACAGUGCAGCUCUACCGGCAGAACAACAAGCUGUAUGGCUCUGUUUUCACUGGUGCAAGCAAGUUUCGCUGCAAAGACUGCAGCGCUGCCUAUGACACAUUGGUGGGUUUGACAGUCCACAUGAAUGAGACGGGCCACUAUCGAGAUGACAAUAAGGACAAAGAGGAGGAUCAGGGAAAGCGCUGGUCCAAACCACGCAAGCGCUCCUUGAUGGAGAUGGAGGGGAAAGAGGAUGCCCAGAAGGUACUGAAGUGCAUGUACUGUGGCCACUCAUUCGAGUCUCUGCAAGAUCUCAGCGUUCAUAUGAUCAAGACCAAGCAUUACCAGAAAGUGCCUCUCAAAGAACCAGUGCCAGCCUUGGCCACUAAACUGGUGUCCACUUCAGCUAAAAAACGAGCUAUCCAAGAUGCUAUAGUCUCCCCAUGCUCCCCAGACUCUGUACAUGCUGGUCAUGGUGGUGGCAUUGUAUCCCUUGGAGAUGUUGGCAAAGAUUCAAAAUCCGCAGCUAACCCCUAUGUUACACCAAACAACCGCUAUGGCUACCAGAAUGGUGCCAGUUACACGUGGCAGUUUGAAGCUCGUAAAGCCCAGAUCCUCAAAUGCAUGGAGUGUGGAAGCUCUCAUGAUACACUGCAACAGCUGACUGCCCACAUGAUGGUUACAGGUCACUUUUUGAAGGUUACAAAUUCUGCAUCCAAAAAGGGUAAACAGCUGGUUUUUGACCCAGUGGUGGAAGAGAAGAUUCAGUCUAUCCCACUGCCACCAACCACCACCAGACUCCCUGUUCCCAGUAGUGGUAAGUCCCAGCCAGUGUCCCCCGCCCUCUCCUCUGGCUCAGAGGAAAAGAGGGAAGGAGGUGAGGAUGAAAAGGUUGAAGGUGGAGAGCCACUGGAGAAAAAAAUCAAGGAGGAGAGAGAUGACUCGGGUGAGAAAUCUGAGACUGAUGCCACAUCAUAUAAAUACCUUAGAGAAGAAGAUCUGGAGGAGACACCAAAAGGGGGUUUAGAUAUUCUUAAAUCCCUUGAGAACACUGUAUCCAGUGCCAUCAGCAAAGCCCAGACAGGCACACCCACAUGGGGUGGCUACCCUAGCAUUCAUGCAGCUUACCAACUGCAGGGUGCCAUGAAGAGCUCCGCUACUGUUCUACCCCCAAUGGUUCAGAGUGUCCAGAUGCAGCCAAUGUUUAACAGUGGGCUACGAGGCCUGGUGAGUGACCCCAACUCAGUCAUCCACUCGCCUCGGAGCCCUUCCUCCCCUACCCCCCUCAGGAGCAAUGUCACUGCCAUGGAGGAGCUUGUGGAGAAAGUGACAGGGAAAGCUGCCACUGUGAAGAAAGAAAAGGAGGAGAAGAUGGUGAGCCUGGAACGGUGCAGGCCCCCAUCAUUAGUCAAGUCCCCCUCCCCUGCACUGAGAGAGCAGAGAGAGCAAUUAGCAUCUCCAAAUGACCUUUCUUUAGGUAAACUGUGUGGUAUGAGAAGUAGCAGCAGCCCAGGCAGUGUAGAUUCAGAGCUUAUCUGCAAGAAGGAGCCCAAAGAGAGCCUUGUAGAUGGCCACAGCAACCAUUCAAAGAACGGCUCCGAGGCAUGCCAAUCCCCAGUAACUAAUGGCAACAGUCUUGGCAUCAUCACCGAUCACUCACCGGAAAGUCCUUUCAUCAACCCUCUCAGCGCACUCCAGUCAAUCAUGAACACACACCUGGGUAAGGCCUCCAAACCAGUAAGUCCAGCUGCAGACCCACUAUCUAUGCUUUACAAAAUCAGCAACAGCAUGAUGGAUAAGCCAGCUUUCAACCCAACUCCUCAGGGCAAGCCAGCUGAGCCCCUUAACCACUAUCCAUUGUAUGAAAGCAACGACCAGCCCAUAGACCUGAGUAAAAAUAAGUCUACCACUAACAGCAACAAUAACAAUAACAACAGCAGCAGUGUGCUCUUGACCAAUAAUGGUUUAAAUGGUAACAAGCCCCUCAUUUCUCUCCCUGACUCAGUUUCCUCUCCUCUGAGAGAGAAUGCUCUGAUGGACAUUUCUGAUAUGGUAAAGAACCUCACUGGAAGACUGACGCCCAAAUCUUCAACUCCCUCCUCCAUAUCAGAGAAGUCGGAUGCCGACGGCAGUGCAUUUGAGGACGCCCUAGAGGACCUCUCCCCAGUGCAGAAGAGGAAAGGGCGGCAAUCCAACUGGAAUCCCCAGCACCUCCUCAUCCUCCAGGCACAGUUUGCCUCCAGCCUGAGGGAGACCCCAGAGGGCCGCUACGCCAUGACUGACCUGGGCCCCCAGGAAAGGGUCCACAUCUGUAAGUUCACAGGCCUCUCCAUGACCACCAUAUCCCACUGGCUGGCAAAUGUCAAGUACCAGCUGAGACGGACUGGGGGCACCAAGUUUCUCAAGAACAUGGACUCGUGCCAGCCUGUGUUCCUCUGUGGUGACUGUGCCUCCCAGUUCAGGACUCCCUCCUCCUACAUUAGCCACCUGGAGUCUCAUCUGGGCUUCAGCUUGAAGGACCUGUCCAAGCUGUCAGCUGAGCACCUACGGGAGCAGCAGGCUGCCUCAAAGGUGAUCACAGACAAAAUGACAUUCGGCAGCCCCCUGUCAGCCUUGACCACGCCAGAGGACGACACAGGCUCUGUGUACCAGUGCAGACUUUGCAAUCGGACAUUCGUCAGCAAACACGCAGUCAAACUGCACCUCAGCAAGACCCACGGCAAGUCUCCAGAGGACCACCUUGUAUUUGUCACUGCUUUGGAGAAACUGGAGAAGCUAGACAAGAUGGAGAAGGUUUAAGCAGCGUCUCAAGCUGAGGGUAGAGACUGACAGCUGUGGAACUGACUAGAAUUUCAUUGCACUAAAAUGACAUUGUUCACAGUUACUGCACUGGGCCGAACUGAGCCGCCAGAAAAAAUCGGUCUUAUUAUUAUUUUUUUUUUGUGAUAACUGCCUGACUGGACCAUGUCUUUUCAUGUUGAUUUGUUUUUGUUUUGCCAAGCUUUUUUACACUUAUUUUGUAAUAUAUUUAUAUGCUAUUUGUCUGAUCUGUGCAUGUAUUUUAGUGAAUCAAGGUUAAACACAAGAUUUUAAUCUUUUCAUGGCAAAAAUACAACUACUGCUUCAAAGGUAAAAGUGGGAAGUGGAUAAAGAAUUGGUGGAAGAGAAAACUGUAUAAUACUUGAUAUGAAGAAGGUGAAAAUUAAAUGUAUACACCAAAAGAAUGAAAGAAUACCCUGAAAGACUGAAGUAGCACCUUAGACAGUUGAAUUUUGAAUUUGUAAAGAGAACAUGUUUUGAAAUAUCUUGCAUUUGUCAAAAUCAGAUUGAUUUGAAAAGAUCAAGGAUUAUCAUUUCCCCCCUCUCCUUUUUGGGUUCAUUUCACUGCAGUGUUUUUGAUGAUGAAUGGCCUGCUCAUAAAUCUGUCAGUGUAUUAGAAAAAAGAUCACAUGAAUAUUUGGAAAAACUGAAAUGCUGCUUCUGGUUACGAGUCAAUCAGUGAAAAUGAAUGGCCAUCAGUAUGCAAGUUUGCUCAAAAAACUUUCCUUGUUGUGAAGUAUCACCUUAUAGCAAUUUUCCAGUUGUAUGGUUUGUUACAACUUUCUCUUUCUAAAUUGUGUCGCUUUAUUCAACUGUAAAGAGAACAGUCCGUUACAUGUAAAUGAUUACCAGUGAAAUGUCAGUAAUCCAUAAGACAUAUCUUACCAUUUGAAACGGCUCAACAUUCUUUGUAUCUUAAGGUGUGUGCAUUCUCUAACUUUUAUAUUGUCAUUUUAUAUACAAAAAUGCUAAAAAAUAAAAACAGAUGGUGUAUAUAGAUAUAUGCUGUAGAGCUACAAAAUGUCCUUUUUUAAAGAAAAUACAAAUUUAGCAUCUUUGGCUUGGUUUACAGAAAUGAUUUUAAUUAUACUUGCAUCCAAUUUGAUGCAUGAAAUGGUGUGGAAAAUAAAUAAGCGAUGCACAAUGACUAUACAUUUCAAUGUUUUAUCGACAAUAUUGUAAAAAAAAAAAAAACCUUUUAGCACUGAUUAGUUUGUUUCAUUUCUUUCUCAAUUGUAAAAUAAACCCCAAAGCAGUUGUUAACAGUCAUA